AUAGACCUUUGGGAGCGUGCUGCGCAACUGAGUGGCCACGCACAAGAGUAUGCACAAAGUGUCGUAACCAACGCUCUCGCAGCGCAUGGAGAAUACACCAACCAGCUUGUUCAUAUCAAGGACUCCGUCUCGCAGAUGCUCUCCGCCGCAGGUCAACUGAGGGCCGAAAUGAUUUCCGUAACAGAGAACAAGGAUAUCACAUUUCCUGCCGGUACGAUCGAAGGCACGACGCAAGAAAACACCAUUGCGGAUAUCUCAAACAGCAUCAACACGGUGAUUUCCGGCCUCCUCGAGGAUCUGUCUGCGGACCUCCCAGUGCCCGACCAUGCGUUGAGCCACAAGGAGCGAGAAGACCACGCUCGGAGGGUCUUUAUGAUGGCGGAAGACGCGAUUCGACAUCCUCACCUGGUCGAUAUUCUUCUCUGGCUUAUCACGAGAUGGCUCUUUCCGCAGAGCUGGCUUCUACGCCCUCUGCUUCGUCUGUUCGGAUUCGGUGCUCUUGGCCCUACGAAAGGUGCCGUUGCGGCUUGGGCGCAACAUUUCUUCUUCGGAGGGGUAGUGAAGAAGGGUAGU